GACGUACUGGAUUACGAAAGCGGAAGUGAUAAAGUGCGGAUUAUCGAUCUGAAAGGUUUCUUUGUAGAAACAGAGACAUGGACGGAGACGAAAGAGCAACUUCUGAAAGGAUUCUUCUGGAACCGUACAAGUACUUGUUACAGCUGCCAGGAAAACAAGUCCGAACGAAACUCUCGCAAGCAUUCAACCACUGGCUCAACGUCCCAGAGGACAAGCUUCAGGUGAUCAUCGAGGUGACGGAGAUGCUGCACAACGCCAGUCUGCUGAUCGAUGACAUUGAAGACAGCUCUAAUCUGCGGCGCGGUUUCCCGGUGGCCCACAGCAUCUACGGCGUGCCGUCUGUCAUCAACUCCGCCAACUACGUCUACUUCCUGGGUCUGGAGAAGGUGCUGACGCUGGAGCACCCCGAGGCCGUGCACGUCUUCACCCGUCAGCUGCUGGAGCUGCACCGCGGUCAGGGUCUGGACAUCCACUGGAGAGACACCUACACCUGCCCCAGCGAGGAUGAGUACCGCAGGAUGGUGCUGCAGAAGACCGGCGGCCUCUUCGGCCUCGCCGUGGGCCUCAUGCAGCUCUUCUCCCACUGGAAAACAGACCUAAAGCCGCUUUUAGACACCCUGGGGCUCUUCUUCCAGAUCCGGGAUGACUACGCCAACCUGAACUCGACAGAGUACAGCGAAAACAAGAGUUUCUGCGAGGAUCUGACGGAGGGCAAGUUCUCCUUCCCCACUAUACACGCCAUCUGGUCGCAUCCCGAGAGCACGCAGGUGCAGAACAUCCUCCGGCAGCGCACGGAGAACGUGGAUAUCAAGCGCUACUGCGUGGAUUAUCUGGAGAAGGUGGGCUCGUUCGCUUACACCCGUCAGACGCUGCUGGAUCUGGAAGCUGAAGCCUAUCGCUUGAUCACGGAGCUCGGAGGGAAUCCAGAGCUAGAGGCUCUGCUGCAGCAUCUGAGUCGCAUGUAUAAAGAGCCCGGGGGCGGAGCUUCGGCCAGCCAAUCGAGAGAGCCCGGGGGCGGGGCUUCGAAACAAUAACUCUGCUCUGAGAUUAAACUGUACUUGGCUGUAAUUGGCAUCUAACGGUGGACAGAUGAUGCUCGUUUCGUUAUAAAUGACAGCUUUAAACAAAUAUUUAAUGUUUAAACAAGGUCUUAUUUCACCACGAAAUCAAAGCAAAUACAUUGCUUCAAGAAAAUUAUAAUUCUUUUGAAUUGGUUUUCGUGACUGGUGUUUAUCAUGAGCAGGAUUACAGACCGAUCCACCACUUGAUGUUCAGAUGCCUCUGAAAUCGUGAAUUCAGAUUAGAUCUCACGUAUGUGAUGUAUGACAGGUCACUGGGUUUUACCUUUGAACAAAUAUACGGUUAUGUGUGCGGUUAUCACACUCACUAUUCUGUGAAUAAACACUUUCAUACA